UGCUUAUAAAAGGAAACAUUGAUAGAAAGGGGCGUAUGAACACUUAAACUUUGCCCUACGUCGAUCCCGUGAUAGACACUGUUAUCUAUUCUUCUUUCAUUUCCUAUAUAUGCAGCUCUUUCUUUCUUUUGGUUAACUCAUCACGGUUGGCUAUUACUAUAUAUAUUAUUAUGCAGAUUCAUUAAUCAUGGAAAAUAAGAAGAGAAAGGGAAAAGACUAUGAGGUGGAAGACGAAGAGAUGAAGAUGGACAAGUUUUACGCGCUGUUGCGGAGGUACCGAGACGCGCGCGAUCGACGACGAAAGGAGCUUCAGGAAUUAGACAAGAGUGAGAAGGAGAAGAGGAUGAAGGCGGGAACAGAGCAACACCGUGUUUGGGUGCCAUCAUUCGAAUGGGAGGAUUUCACAGACCAGGUUCAAUUCAGAGGACAACAAUAUAUGCAAUUCCCAACUUCAUCUACAUCUCCUUCGCCGCUUGCCGGUGGCACAGACAACAAACAACGUAAGCACGACGACCAACACUCUCACUCUCUGGAUCUCAACCUCACUCUGUAGCUAGCUACUCGUCUUUGAAUCCUUCUUAUCUCUCUCUUUUCAGAAUUUGGUCCUUCAUUUUUCUAUCUAUAGGAUCAUGAAAAUUGUAUCCAAGUACUAGUAAUAUCCUUUCAAUCAAGUAUUUCUUUUUUCAUAAUUAAUAGUUUGGUCAAUUGAUCUUC